GAGUACGGGGAUUUACAUACUGCUGCGAGUCAGCGUUGUGUUUUUUUCUUGGCAAUUUCUUUCUCGCAGUUUCUCCGAGACAUGAAACAAAAGAGUCUUGUUUCUCUGUUUCAGCUUCUCCUUUUAACAAAAUCCUUUUCAUCCUCUCUCGUUGAAUUUGUAUGAAUAGUCAUUUGCUGAAUCGUUGAAUUCCUGUUUUGGAGAUCUUGAUCAGGUUUUCGCUAUGUGAAAGAAUGCAGUCGAAGCGAAGAAGGGAGUAAACGGUCAAGCCAAUAGAUAAACUAGAAUGCGAAUGCUUUGCGACGUUUGCGAAAAGGCCGCCGCGAUCAUUUUCUGCGCCGCCGACGAGGCCACUCUUUGCCGUUCCUGCGACGAAAAGGUUCACAUGUGUAACAAGCUUGCAAAUAGACAUGUGAGAGUUGGGUUAGCUGACCCCAGCGAUGUCCCACGCUGUGAUAUAUGUGAAAAUGCACCUGGUUUCUUUUACUGUGAAGUAGAUGGCAGUUCCCUUUGCCUGCAAUGUGAUAUGAUUGUACAUGUUGGCGGUAAAAGGACCCAUGGGAGAUAUCUCUUGUUGAGACAGAGAGUUGAGUUUCCAGGGGAUAAGCCUGGUCCUCUGGAGGAACUGGGAUUGCGACCGCUUCAUCCAAAUGAAGUAAGGAAGGAUCAGAAUCAGCAACCUAAGCUUGUAGCGAGAGAGAACCAGAAAAAUCAUAGACUCUCUCCUGUUCCAGUGCUUGAUGGUAAUGCUGAUGGGGAUGGAAAGGUGGGUAAUAAAUUGAUUGAUCUAAAUGCCAAGCCCCGACGGAUGCAUGGGCAAGCUUCAACCAAUCAGGAGCAAGCCAUGGAUGAUUCAAGUGGCAAUAAUCAUGACUCUGCGAGUGUGGUCCCUGUGGGAUCCUUCAAAAGAUGGACCGAAAAAAUGAGCUAGAUUUUGCUGGAUGAGUUCUCACAUCUGUGUAUUUACCGGGCUUGUGGUCGUUGUCAGAUAUGUCUUCCUUCCCCAUGCUUUAGGCUUUGUCUAUUUCAUUCCUCGCACAAAAAAUGAGAACUGUUGAAGAUUAACUUUUACCAUGUACCAAAAUCAAUGUUCUUGCCUAACCAGAGUAGUGAAGUUUGUGACAUUUAUAUUUUGUUCCAAUGCCAAGGAUCCCUCGUGAACGUCGUUGCAAUUAAAAUUCCUUCAACAUUGUUGCAGGUGAUUAGAAAGACAAGUUGAGAUCAAACUUUUAAGUGAAAAAAAUAGGAAUAAUCAAUAGGAAAAUGGUCUAAAUUCCCCAUAUUUGCUUCUCGUGAAUUUCUUUAGGCUGGGAUCUUGGGGAUGAAAAGCAGAACAAGCAGUGGCAGACUGUUAUAUAGGGAAUUAAAUUACAUAGAUACCUAAGUCAUUUUGGUGGUCUAUCUAUUCUUAAUGAUAGUUGCAUAAACGAUCUGAGCUAAAGUUUCGCACCAACAGCUGAAAAUGGUGAUUACUAGCAAUGAUAGUAUCCAAUAAAAUCCUACCAGCCGCUACUUUCUUCCUCAAGUUUCUUCUCAUGUGUUGGAAUCCAUAGAAGUUAGACGAAUAUUUUGAGAAGCAAAGUGUAAUUUCAACAUCUUCAAUUCAACUCAUUAAGCAUAUUCUAACGGUACUAAUUUUUAAGACAACAGAAGUGGGCAGUUCGAAGAAUACCCUCCCAUGGCAUGAUUUUAUUACCAGAUGCUUUAAAUGACAGAG